AUGUUCAGGUCAAUGAAGCGAGCUGCAAGCAGGAGUCCCGUUGUCUCCAACCAGGACACCCCGGGGGAGUCCUCUCACGGCAUUGCGUUGCCUCCAAGCGGGGCUGCCCCGAGAGCGGAAGAGCAUCCAACAGGCCCCCCGGCAUCGGCUGCCAGCAAGAAGAAGGGCAAGAGGUCUUCCACGCUUGAUUGCGCCAAGAGCGCUGGACGGACCUACACUGGCGUGUUUGCCAUCGAGGAAGGAGUCAACUUGGACGCCCUGGUCGCCUUGGCAAGCCUGAGAGCUGCGGACACCGUACCGCUCGUCUACCGCGAGGGCGAGGCCGAUGAGUAUCGUGGCAACACCUUGCGACGGGAGCUGUAUUGGCUCAUGCGACGGCUCAACUCCCACAGCAAGAUGCAGACCUACUGGCACGACACUUGUCUGGGAUCCUUGGCAGGUGUACAGGGCCGACGGCUGCCCGGGUUGAGCCACACCUCAGGAGUUCCCGAGGCCUUGGCAAACAAGAUCGAGGACUUGGAGGGCCAAGUAGGCUCUUGCACUUGGGAUGCGACAAAGGGGCUUUUCACCUUCCCCAAGUGGCUUCGCAACGUGCUACGCGCUCCUGGAGGAAUCGAUGUGGACCAGUCCAUGAGCCAUUGCUUCGCCCAGCUGGAGAGGCACCCCGAUGCGGUCUGCCUGCGGUACUACGUGAACAAUCGAGCCGAGUGCGAAGGCUUCACUGGAGACCGGGACCUGGCGAAGAAGCUUUUCCGGGGUCUCAUGAACGGCGGCGGUGCGAACCAUGUCAUGAGUAUCAUGGGCAAGGCUGGCAAGACCGCGGACCAGGUUCCUGCCUUCGUGUGGGAUUUCGCUAAGGAGCAGACCGUGUUGAUGCAGAAGGAUGCUGACGCACAUCCUCAGCUGGCCCAAGUCUUCCGAGCGAACGGCUACCACUGGCCUGCUGCUGCCGUCCAAUCUCUUCUCAAUGAGAGGCACGAGAGGGCGGUUUUGAACCUCAUGGAGAAUGUGGCGCGUCAAUACGGCGAGGUGCAGAGCUACGAGCACGACGGGCUCUACUGUGUGGCCCACGAGCACCUCAGGGAGACGAUGAUGAACGAGAUGAGGCAGAUUGCCUCGGUGUCGACUCAGGCGCCAGCAUCCCUGGACGAAACGUUGCAGUACCUUCAGACCAAGUUCCCUGAGCACGACUGGAGCGUCAGGGAUGAAGGUUGGGAGGAGUUGGAGGACGCAAGGAUUGAGGUACGGCAGCGCUGCUUGAAAGGGGAGACCAACUUCCCGAAGCUGAUUGCAGAUGUCGUGCCGCACCACGUCACCAGCACUGGUUAUCAGGUGCGCGAACUGAUGAAGGCGAUCCCGGUGACAGCUGAUCGCAUGACCCUCAUGACGUACGACAACGGCUGCUGGCGUGACCUCGGCGCUGUGGCCGCCGCCACCCUGGAGGAUGUCAUCCGAGAUGUUCUGAAGAAGUGCAUCGGCAAGAGGCCUGACCAGGGCUGA